AUUUUCUCGUGGUGUAAUGGGGCCCCCAUUCCUAUGUAAGCAUUCAAUUUUCCAUUUGGCUCACGAGUAUGGCAACGCCUGGGCAUUCACCAAGAGUCAACGGCCUUUCCUCUUGCCCCCCAGGCCCACAUUUCAAGGAUAGUCAUUGACGACCAUGUCUUUCGUGGGGAUUGUUUCUGGCUCUAGAAGCUAUUUACUGCUUGGUGUCGCGCUUGUCAUAUACUGCUUAUGGCAUGCGAUCAGGCAGUGGAGUGGUAGACAUGUUCAUGGUCGAGAACCCCCUUUAAUUCCUUACUGGAUACCAGGCGCCGGCCACACCUUCUCAUUCUUAAGGAAUAUCGAGAAGACGAUAGACAGCGCAAUGCCAUACCUCAAAACUGAAGAUACCCCGUUCCGCUUGCACGUCGGUGGUCGAUCACUAUACGUGGUCCAAGAUGUACGAUUGAUAUCGGAGAUUCACAAGCAAACCAAACUGAUAGGAAACGACCAUUUCCUUGACAUCCUGAUGGCAGCAUCCGGUGUCCCGGGUCCAACAAGAGCUCGCCUCUGGUCCACGAUAACUGCCAAGAGGCAAGAGCCGAUCCCUCGCGCAAUCACAGAAAAUGUGCGAAGAGGUCUCCGAGCACAGCCGCAGAAUAAUCCUCUUACUUUAACCAUACUUGCACAGAUGGAUAAGACUCUCACCCCUUUGGCUGCCUCUGAUUCACUGCGAAGAUCCCUUGCUGAGCCGGGAAAGGUUUCAUUGUUCAAAUGGACUGUGGAUGCCUUUACCGUGACGGUUAGUGACGGAGCCUUUGGAAAAGUGUGUCUGGAGAUGUUCCCAGAGGUGGUAGAUACCAUGUUCCUUCUCCAGACGAAUAUUUAUUCCAUUUUCACGAGACGUCCUAGAAUACUUGCCCCAAAGGCUUAUGCUGCCAGCGACAAGCUAGCGUGUAUUCUUGCCAAAUACUUUGCCCUGCCCACAGAAAAGAAGUUGGACUGUGCAGAAUUCGUGACUAUGACCGAAGAUGAAAUCCGCGCGGCAGCUGUUACAAAGGAAGAAUUGGCUAUGAUGUAUGUCUGGGUUUUUUGGGGCAUGCUCGACAAUCCAUCCACUGCCGCAUUCUGGGUCUUGUGCAGAGUUCUUUAUAACCCAGAGCUAUUAGCUACGAUUCGAGAAGAAUGUGAAGAGGCAUUUGUGAGAAACAAGCCCGUGGCACCAUCCGACAUCCCAGCACGGCUAGAGUGCUGCCCAAUCCUCAAGUCCACCUUUGAGGAAACUAUGCGUCUCCACUCUGGCACACACGUAUUCCGUCAUAUUUCUGAAGAUACAGAGAUUGGUCCCUAUCGCCUACGGAAGGGCUCAAAUAUUCUUAUCCCUUAUAACCGCAUCCAAGUAAGUAAAACUCAUUGGGGCCCUGAUGCAGAGGAGUUUAAACAUCGGCGCUUCCUCGACAAUCCGGGACUCGCGAACUCGCGGUAUUUCAGGCCUUUUGGGGAUGGCACCCAUCAGUGCGGAGGUAAAAUAAUGGCACCUCAACUUGUGAUGUACUUUGUUGCUAUUGUGGUAUGUCGGUAUGACGUGGGCAUACCUGGUGGGAUUGAGAAAUGUCCGUUUCCUAGAGUUGAUAUUCCCAAAGGGAGGGCGACGGUGCCAAUGCCGGUGGCGGGUGAUGUGCCUCACGUUACAAUUACACCACGCAAAAGAGAAGACUGAUGCUGGGGAUUACAAUAUGGUCUCGAGCAUUUGAAACUAGUAUAUAAGUCUUCUUUUGGUUUAUAGUCACUGCCAGGAAAUAAGAAAAUCAAUGCGAACAUAGGAACUCGGUGGUAGGGAGCAAUACAACUAGAGAGUACAGACGUCACACCUAGUUAAACAUUUUCUACCAG